AUAUACCUUUGAUCUAUUCAGAAAAAAAUAAAAAAUAAAAACCUAAGACUCAUCCCCUUCCCUCUCUCUCUCUCACACACACACUAGCUAACCUAAAUAAAGGGGGAGAACAAGGAUUUCUUGCUUUGAUAAUCUUGGGUUUAGGAAAAAAUCAAAUCUUCUUCAGUGGUCAUGCCGUAUCUUGUUCGUGAGAAUCUAUUCAUCGGCAACAUCGGCGAUGCAGCAGAGGUUCUCCAAAAUGGCAGCACAGAGAUCACACACAUUCUCUCGGUUCUGAGUUCUGCAUCAAUCUCGUUUUUCUCUGAAUGGAAGAGGGGUCUUACAAUUCCCACUAAGGAAAUCAAGAAGGUGUAUACUGGCGGGUCUGUUGGUGGGUCGGCUUCUGUGGAGGAUUCUGGUGAUGGGUCGAAAAGUUGUUUGCUCUCAGAUAAGCUUUUGUACUUGUUGGAAUAUGCAGGCAAGGAUUUGAAGCUGGUGAGGAUGGGGGUUCCGCUGAGAGAUAUGGAGAAUGAGAAUUUAUUGGAUUAUUUGGAUGUCUGUUUGGAUUUUAUUGAUAAGAGUAGAAAAGAAGGGUCUGUUUUGGUGCAUUGCUUUGCUGGUGUUUCCAGAAGUGCAGCUAUCAUUACAGCAUAUCUGAUGAGAACAGAACAUUUAUCACAACAAGGUGUGAACAAAUCAUUGCUU